GCUGUAUUAAAGUUUUGAACAACCUUCCUUACCAGCUUUAUAUAUUUCUCUCAAUUUCCAUCUUUCUUGCUCCAAAGAUCAUCUUCUUUAAAAAACAAAAGAAAGACUCUCUUCUCUCUACAGCUUUGAUCAUAUGGAUGAUCCAAAAGAGAACAAGAACUCGCCGUGGCUAUCAGUACCACAGUUUGGAGACUGGGAUCAAAAGGGAGGAACCGUUCCUGAUUACUCAAUGGAUUUCUCAAAGAUCAGAGAGAUGAGGAAACAGCACAAGAGAGAUCCUUCUCGAGCCAGUCUUGGCAAUGAACAAGACUUCAUUAACCCUUUUCAUAAUCAACCUACUUCGGUUGAUCAUAAAACUAAGGCUAAGCUCACGACCGUCCACAGUGACAACAACAUAACCGACAACGACUUCUCUCACCACCAGCGACAUCCUCCAUCUACGAGGAGAAGAAUCUUCAGCUACUUCAACUGCUGCGUUAAAGCUUGAAGGUAUCUUAUAAAAGAGAUGUCAGAGAUGAUGAGGAGAUGUGUUUCAGUUAUUUAUAAUGAAGACAGAAAUGAAAAAUGGAAGUGACACCUUUUUCACAUACAUUCCUGCGAAAGCAGCAGCGUUUAUGUGCGGUUUACUGUUAUCUUACAAUUGUCUAACUAUGUUUUGGUAAAUUUCAAAUAUAUAGUUAGCUUUCCUUCUUUUCUUCUGAUGCAGUUGUUGGUUUUAUUUAGAGAUUGGUAACUUUUCAAUAUUGUGAAUCUGUGAUAUAUUAAUAUUACUAUAAAAAUGCAUUAAGAUUAU